AUGGAAAUCGAAGAGAUAAUGAAUCUCUUCGAUUCAUGUUGGUUUGAGAUGGAAAUCUUGAAGAAACAGACAUCUCAAUCAACAUCUACGAGCUUUGAGCCAAACCCAGAUCGCAAAACUGAAGGGAACUCAUCAAAACCAGAGCUUAAACGCACCCAAAGUACUCUCCAUUCAAGAUCCAUGAGUGAUCAAUUGAGCUUAAAUAGAACAAGCUUCGUAAGUUCUUAUGAUUCUUUCUCACCAGACUCAGUUCUCCACUCACCAAAUCUCCAUAAAACCAUCUCAGGCAAAGAAAUCGCAGAAGAAGAAUUGAAAGAAACUUGUAGUAAUAUGAGAAUUACGAGAAGAAAGAAAGGUAGGAGGAGUAAGAGCUUGUCAGAGUUGGAGUUUGAAGAGCUAAAAGGGUUUAUGGAUCUUGGCUUUGUUUUCUCAGAGGAAGAUAAUAAGGAUUCAAGGUUGGUUGAGAUAAUUCCAGGGUUGCAAAGAUUAAGAAGGAAAGAAAGUCAAGAAGAAGAUACCCAAGAAGCAGAUGAUGAUGAUGAUGAUGAAGUUUCAAGGCCUUACCUUUCAGAAGCCUGGAAAGUUUCAGAAAGAAGAAAAACAAACCCAUUGAUGAAUUGGAGAGUUCCUGAUUUGGGUAAUGAGAUUGACAUGAAAGACAGCCUUAGAUGGUGGGCUCAUACUGUUGCCUCUACAGUCAGAUGA